CGCGUUGCGGCAUCGCGCGGUUCGUCGUCGCCGCUAGUGCACCGCUGGAGCCCCGACUAGCCAGGUCUCGAGACAGGAACCUAAAGCCAGCGACAAAACGAAAGCAAGAGAGAGAGAGAGAGAGAGAGAGGGGGAAAGAAAGAGAGGAGACACGGCGGAAAAGCCAGCGCUAGAAAGAGAGGAGACUGUACCGCGGCCCUUGGGCGAGGGACGAGGACCAACCAACGGAGCCUAAGAGUGCGUCGAGGAGGGAAGGGGUGGGACACGCACCGAGUCCUCGCGCUGCCGUCAGUUACUCGGCUCGCCGCUAGCUGGCCAGGUGUAGUGUGCGUUCGCUCCUGAGGAACACGGGCCGUUGACACGCGGAUUUUACUAACGAGCUGACCGACUACUGCUACCUCGGUUCCGUUCACAGAAUAAAAGACAGGACACCUAGUGCCACGUAUACCCUACCCCUAGGCGCCAGUAUUCGGACAUUAGUUGGAUUAAGAUAAUGCAAUAAUGUCUUGGCAAAGAGUCUACCUUGCCCUGGGACUGUUCGGUCUAGCGCUGCUCCUGACCAACGCCGACAACAGCGUGCACAUUCUGUCAAAGUAUCAACUGGUCACCUCGACUACCCUUAACUGGCUGCCGCGUGCGCACUAUGAUCCAUCGAGGGAAAUAGUGAUCGGCGGCUUUGAGAUCGAGACCGAAGAGGAUUUGCACAACCAGGCGGAGAAACCGGUGAAGAAGCCGCUGUAUGUGUGCCGGGCGUUGCACACCACGGUCUGGGUAGCUGGUAGCCAGAAAGGCGACGAGAAACGAUGCACGGUGACAAUUCACGGCAGCGUGCAGUCGUACGAUAAAUACGAAUUGCUGGAGAACGUCGACAAUGCCGGCCGCGUCAACUGGGAGUACUGGGACAAAUACAAGCCGACUCCCAUAGGAGCGGUGGCCACGGAAAAGAUGUUCGUAGCUCGUCACAGGGUUCACAAUGACAAGGACGGCGCAGACGGCGCGCCGCGAUACACCCAUUAUAUCGGAACCUUGAAUUCAUACGACAACCUCGGCUCUAUCAGCUACGUGAAAGAUGAUGGCACGGAGGGAAGCGAAAAGUCUGGUGAUGUUCUGGUCGAAACAGAGCCAAUAUAUUACAAUCUGACAAGAGUUAAAUUGCACUGGCCUAAAAAGCGUGCAAUGAAGCAUACACCCAGUAUAUUGGGGGAAGCAACGAUUGCUAAUAAUGGACAGGAAGGUGCAAUCGUGGCACAAGCCUUUGGCUAUACGUAUAAUUAUUCUGUGUACUGGGGGCAGGGCCAUGCUAUCUUGAAGGGUCUGAAUACAUCGAUUACUUUAACAAAUGGAACAGCUUUGCCGAAAGUAAUGUGGGGUACGAAGGAAGAAAGUAAUCGCAGCGAUGUUUAUACGGUGGAGAUAUUUUUGGAGCCUGGUACAGCAAUAAACGUUACUCUGAAAGCUACUUACUCUGACAUGGAAGUACCCUACUCAGGAACAUUGAUCUCUUAUUAUGAAGACGGAGAAACAAGAUCCCGUGGGAUCAGCGGUAUACGUAGAGAAGAAAGCAUGUUUGACAUAACUCCAGUAUUCGGACCUAUUUACUUCUUAAGUAAUUAUAGCUUAGUUCCUACUACAAUUGUACCGCCCACUACCGAAGCAAGUACCACUACGACAGUACAUGAAUACAGCAAGCAACCCCGUAAAACGGAUAUGGAAAACGAAGACCAUGAUGAAAAUAUGAUAGUACCGCCGAAGAAGUCGGAUAUGAAUAUACAAAGCGAUGACGGUGGUCCCUUGUCACUUAAAAACAAGGUAGAAGCUUCGCAUUCUGGAACAUGUUUACAUACAUUAAACAUUAUAUUUAUACCUCUAUUAACGAUCGUCGUCCAUAGAAUUACGUGAAAAUACGACUCUUAAGAAGUCCUAAGUUGCAAUAGUAAUAUAUUCGUAGAGCAAUAUUGAAGAAAGAUAACAAAAACAACAAAAAAAAGAAAAGAAAUUGAAAAAAAAUUAAAAUGUUGCUGUAAUUUCGUACAUAGCAAUUAUGGCACGAAAUAAAGCUCCUUGGUUAAAUCGCUGACUAUCGGGCUGUGAUGUCAGCGCUGACAUGCUUGCCUUUCGAGAAAACUUGAUAUUUAAUAUAUAUAUAUAAUUUAAUAUAUAUAUUAUAUUAUAUAUAUAUACAUAAAAAUAUAUAUAUAUACACGUUUAGGAUAUUGAAGAAAUACCUUAAUGAUGAGCUAGUCUCAUGACAAUGUUAAGUACAAGCGACCGCAGCCAAUGUAAAUGUUAACAGAAGAUUCGUUAACAUUACCUUUAUUGUUGAAUAACUGAAUGUAACUACGACAUUCCGUCUUUACUAAUUCCGCUGUGGAAACGAUUCUCCAGCUAAUCUAUUUUAUGCCUUUGCAAAGUGUAAUUCUAGACACCCUCUAGAAGAACUUCGAAUGGAAAGCUUGAAAACGAAUGACAUCUUCUUUCAAGGUUCGACUCAAAGAGAAUUGUAAUUACGGCAGGUAUUGUCUCGGGCAACUAGCUUAUAAAUGAGAUCAGGGGAGUAAAAACGACAAUGAAGGAUAAAGAGAUGUGAGAGUUAACGCAGCUACGAUAUAUUUUUGAGAUUGCAGUAUAAUUUUAGAAAAUUGUAAGAUUUAUAAUGGCAUAGCAAGUAAGAAUACGUAGAUAACAGGUAGAUGGGUACAACUAUUUUCCAAAGCUAUUUUAAUAUCGUUUACGUGACUGAUGUAAAUUGCAUAGAAUCUGCCAUAUAAGAGUAAUAGAACUGAAGUGAAGUAACUUCAAGGAUGAGUCAGAAUUUAACCAUGUACAGAGUCUGAGUAAUAUUCAACAAAACUUUAAAUUCUUAAAUUAUUAACGCUUUGUUAUAAAAUCAAUACAACAUCUAGAGUACUAUGUACCCAUCUGUCUCCCAUGUAAAGUGAUAGGGCUUGCAGAUUCCUAGAUUACUAUUAAUGGAAAUUGUAAUGGAAGAGGAAUGCAGUAUUUUACUUUUGUAUAGAUGCGUUAAUAAUUUGUAAGUUAUACUUUCUUUGAUAAGUCAAAGAGAAAUAUGGACUUAUUUAAUUUUGUGUUUAAUUUAAACGUGCUUUUAUUAAAGCACAUAACAAAAGAAAUGAUAUUUUCAUAUAUUCUUGUAUUUUCGAUCAUUUUUACUUGAAAAAUUUUUACUUGGUAUGUACAUAAUAUGUUUCUACAUUCUUGCUAGACAUAA